AUGACUGUGGCUUCCUCUCAUACAACUGCCCGGAUUAUUUCCGUGGUUGCGGGUACUCUGAUAGCUCUGUCCUGCGGGACGAACUAUGCAUAUUCAGCAUGGGCACCACAAUUCGCUCAUAAGAUGAAGCUCUCAUCGACGGAGAGCAAUCUGAUCGGUGCGGCGGGGAAUCUGGGCAUGUAUGCCAUGGGAAUCCCGAUGGGCUUGUUGACCGAUGCUAAAGGUCCUCGGCUUGUCACUUUUGUCGGAUCAAUCUGUCUGGGCCUCGGGUAUUACCCGAUCUACCUUGCCUAUCAACACGGAGAAGGAUCCGUUCCCAUUGUUUUCCUGUGCCUUUUCGCCUUCCUGACUGGUACCGGAGGUUGCGCAGCAUUUGGUGGUGCUAUCAAAGUUGCCGCAUCCAACUUCGGCGAGAGCCGAGGUACCGCGACGGCUUUUCCAUUGGCUGCCUUUGGUCUGAGUGCUCUGUUCUGGUCCAAUGUGUCGACAAUCAUUUUCAAGGAUGAUACUGGUCGUUUCCUGUUGCUUCUCGCCUGUGGAACCACCGUCCUCUCAUUUGUGUCAAUCCCAUUCUUGCGAAUCUUCCCAGCUAUCUUGAGUGAGCCAUAUUCGUCUGUUCCUCGCCAUGAACAAUCCGGUGGUCCCGAGUCUCAACGAUUGCGUCGAUCUAGCAAUGCGGCAGAUCACCCAGAUGGCCACGACUCUACUGGCUAUGACCAUGAAAGCUCGGCGCAUGCACGCAGUCAUUCAACCCUCUCGAACCACCGCAGUGGAGGCUACAACAUCCAUGACGACGAAACCUCAUCAUUGGUAUCUAAGCCCGAUGGCCGGCCAUCCUUCGAUACCCUGGACGAUGACUUCCUGGAUGACAUAGCUGUCGAGGCACACCACGUCGAUAUCCGGGGGUUGGCCAUGCUCAAGUAUGCCGAAUUCUGGCAGCUAUUUCUGACCAUGGCGCUGCUUUCAGGUAUUGGACUGAUGACCAUCAACAAUAUCGGUAACAGCACCAAGGCCCUCUGGCUUUACUAUGACGACAGCGCAACCUCAAAGUUCAUUCAGCAGCGCCAGGUCAUGCACGUCUCCAUCUUGUCCUUUGGAAACUUCCUUGGUCGUCUGUUCAGUGGCAUUGGCUCCGAUAUUCUCGUUAAGAAACUCAACAUGUCUCGCUUCUGGUGUCUUUUCAUCUCGGCCGCUGUCUUUACCAUCACCCAGCUUGCUGGCGCAUCGAUCUCAAACCCAAAUACGCUUGUUGUCGUCUCUGCCUUCACUGGUGUUGCUUACGGCUUCUUGUUCGGUGUUUUCCCCUCCUUAACCGCCCACACCUUCGGUAUUGGUGGUCUUUCCCAGAACUGGGGAACCAUGACUCUGGCCCCAGUGCUUAGCGGUAACGUCUUCAACUUGAUCUACGGUACCGUUUACGAUCACCACUCCGUCGCUGGCCCUGACGGUGACAAUCAGUGUCCCGAUGGAUUAGCCUGCUACCGCUCCGCCUACUAUGUGACCUUCUUCUCUGGCCUCUGUGGUGUAUGUGUUUGUUUGUGGAGUAUCUGGCGCGAGUCGCAGAUCCACAAGACACAACACAAGAAGGCUGAUCACCGUAUUGCUUGA